AUGAAAUCGGCAAUGAGGGUUGGAGGGCAGGCGAAUUGGGUAUAUCGAUUCUUCAAGCGACUACACCCCACGUACAAACAAGUUGAACAAAAACUGAUUGACUCUAAGCGGCUUAAUGCAGAGAACCUUGGAGUCAUACAAACUUGGUUUGAUCGUCUUGAAAUUCAAGUUCGUAUUAACAAGAUUACACCUUCAAAUACUUGGAACUUUGACGAGGCCGGAUUCCGCGUUGGACAAGGCAAAAGGGAACUGGUUGUCACUCAAUAUCCUCAUACCUCUACAAAAAUUGCAAGUGCGUCUUCUCGAAAAUCCUUGACGAUAAUUGAGAGUAUAAGUGCAGCCGUAAAUGUGAUCCAUCCAUUUGUUGUUAUUGCUGGUAAGAAUCACUUGGAGGAAUGGUAUCAACAUCUUACAGAAGAGGAUUAUAUCGCCGCUUUUUCCGAGAAAGACUUCUCAAAUGCUGAUCUUAUAUACGAAAAGCCUCAUCAUUUUGAUAUUUCAACUCAGCAAUACGCGAAAAAUGGUUAUCGAUUGCUUUUCAUGGAUAAUUGUACGGCGCACCUAUCAUACAACUUCAUCCAGUAUUGCAAGGAACAAAAGAUCAUUGUAUACUGUUUUUUACCUCAUGCGACACACAUUCUUCGGCCAUUAGAUGAUAUUCCGUUUCAGGCUUAUAAGCAUUACCACGGGGUGGCCGUUAACAACCAGGCGCGUGCUGGAAGCUAUGAUUUUGACAAAUAUGACUUCCUUUUCAUCUGCCAGCCGUUCGCAAGCAACCCUUUACAACAAGAGUUAUACGCGCCGCUUUCCGUGAUAUAG